AUGGACUAUUACGUUCAGCUGCUGCAAAUGAUGCCGCAGAAAAACUACAGCGGAGUCAUUACCCUCUACGCGUGCAUCGGAGCCAUGAACUUCUACAGCGCAGUGAAGAUGUCUUGUUACUCGCUGUAUUACAAGAGAUUGGUAUUCGGCAAGAUGAAAGACCUGCAGAAGUUUCCGGGUGAUGAUGAUAGAAAGAUUCCCGAACGGCUGACAAGGUUUCAGGCAUUCAAGCGUUUUGCUGCUGGAUUUGCACGAGCUAUCAGUGCGAGGGGCGAGUGGUUCGACGUCGUCUUACUUAUGCGGGAGGUCUCGGAGAUCGCUUCGCAGACCGUCCAAGCGCACUCCUCGAGCUUCCUCAUCAGCAGCGUUUGGAUGAAUCAGGUGUUUGCAGGCUUGAUCUUCUUGAAUACUUUCGCGAACACGCUGGUGCACUACAACCUAGAAGAGAAGGUGGGUCUGAGACGUUUGUACAGCACUGCGAUCGACCUGGCGCUCGAUUUUGCGUGGGGAUUCCUUAUCCCCUGCAAAAUCAUAUUCGUCUACAUAUCGUUGUUUAUGGAGAACGACGGAUCGUUUCCAGAUGAUUUCAACAACUCGGACACGCUGAUGAUCAUGGCGAUCCUAGAUUGGCUCGAUGCCGUCACGACGACUUUACCCUACUUGAACAUGCUGUCGGGUUUACGAAGCAUAAAGUUUCUAGUUCAGCAUGACAUGGAGGUGAUUCGAGCUGUGAUGUCGGCAAAAGUCUGCCCCACAGAGGCAGCGCUGAAUCUUGCUAAGCUGGAGAAUGAAAAUCAGGUUGAAACCAAACGCAGUAUCUGGGGAAGACGAGUUGCAGCAGGCAUUGUGGCGAUCAUGCCUAUUUGUGGUUUCACACGUCAGUGCGCUUGCUCGGUAAUGGAAAUCAACUGCUUCGAACGAGGUAUCACUGGUCGUGAGAGCGAGAUGCGAGAUAUUUUCCAGUCCCUGGACGCUAGAGUUCUCAACUCUCUCAUCAUCUCUCACUGUCCCGAGCUUGUUGUCACCGAGGAUAUCCGCCGCUUCGGCAGUCUGAAGGCGCUUGAGUUGUACAACUCAACAAUUAUCGAGUGGCCCGCGAAUGCGUCCCUUUCACUUCCCCACCUGCCUUACCUGGUCACUCUGUACAUCGUACGCUCUCGACUUUCCGGUCUGCCCGACGGCUUGACAAGUGACUUUUCAUCAAACAUCGUGGACGUUGAAUUCGUGGCGACCGACUUGGGUGGACCGUUGCCUGACGACCUUGACACGAAGUGGCCAUCGGUUGUGAUGCUGUACUUGGAGCAUUGCGGGCGUCAAGAGUUCCCGACAGCUCUGUCCAAUAUGGUGCUGAUAGAUCUAUCGCUGGUGGAUAACAACAUUUCCGUAGUCCCCGACAGCUUGAGCGACAGCUCCAUGUACGUCAUGCUGGACCGCAACCCGCUGGAUCGCAUCCCGGACAGCUUUGGGUCGCUGGAACAGCUGAACUACCUCACAGUUCAAUACACCAACAUAUCGACGUUGCCUCCGUGGCUGCAGGCCGAAGACGCCUCCAUCAACUUGCGAGCGACGGGCACGCCCUACUGCCGCGACCUGCCGCCGGAUAGCCCCGAGGCAGAAUUCGCGUGGUGUGCGACGGAAGACUACAGCAACGGCAUCUUCCCUCUCGCCAAGCGUGCUGCUUUGUAG